AAAUAAGAGAGAGAGAGAGAGAGAGAGAGAGACGGGGGACGAGAGAAGAGAAGAGAUCUCUCCUGUUCUGUUCGAAUAAACACUCUUCCGCCAACCUCUCCUCUCCGAUCAGAUCGGACCUCUUGUCUGCAAAUUAGGGCUUUGUUUUUCUCCCCAAUUUUUCAAAUUUUCAAAUCUUUUUGGCCGUUAAACCCAGCCCUUGCCUUUCGAUCAAUUCUUCACAUCACGCCGUUUCGGUUCUCCUGGUUUGCAUUUCCUGAUCUGAAUCGGAUUCGCACGUUCUGGGGUUUGUUUGAUGUCGAUUCAGAGAGCUGGGGGAAAUUGAUGAACCAGAGGAGAUUCGAGGUUGUGAUUUGUGUGCGUUUGAAUGGCGUCGGCUCAGGUUUUGCCAAAUUCGGGCGCUUCGGCGAGGAAGCAAGGGCAUCUGGAAGCUGGAAAGCGACGGCUUGAAGAGUUCCGUAAGAAGAAAGCUGCUGAUCGAGCUAAGAAGGCUGCAUCUACAAGCCAAAAUACUGCUAAUGAUCUGCAUGAGAAGCAAUCUUUAGAUAUUGAACAUGUAAGGAUUGCAGAUUCUAGUGGAGCUGGAACAUCUGACGGAAUGGGCGAAAGCGAAGCAACUGAGUUUGCCCAGACCAGUGAUAUAUGUUCUAGUGAUGCCCAUGCUAGUCCACCCUUGCCAACAGACCAUUAUAAUUCAUUUUCUGCAGAAACAAUGCAGCUAUCUGCUGUGGAUAAAAAAAUUAAUAGGUAUGAUGAGUUACGUUCUUCUGGAACUGUAAAUGUGAAUCAUCUCCCUCAACCAUUGGAGAAGAAUGAUGACAACAGCAUUUCUGCCAGAACCUUUGCAACACAUACAUAUGGGCUUGUAUCUGACCAAUCUGAUGCUUCUCAUCUUCAAGUCAGCCUGGAAAUUAAUGGCAAUUCAGGUCAAUCUAAUCAUUAUGGUUUGCAGGAAGCUCGUUCAAAAGAUAAUGGUAGUCUUUUGAAGGAGUUCACAAUUUCAAGUCCUGCUACUUCUCAUGUUACAGUUGCUAAUUUAUCUUCUGAGUAUUCUGGUGGUAUUCCACUGCAAAACAAGUUUGCUUAUUCCAGCCCACUGACUAGUGGUCUGACAUCCUUGUAUGAUGAUUUUAAUCGCCCAUCCACCAAAAUGACAGGGUCUUCUUUUGAAGUUGGACAAAACAUACAUGCCAUUCCAGAAUCCAGUAAUACCAUGAUUUCUGAUAUUGGGCAAAGAAAGUAUGGUAACUCUCUUGAUCAUUUUCCUAGUGGAAACAGCACAUCAUUAUGGCUGCCUGAAUCUCAAUCUGCUUCCAGUUUUGUUAGCAGAAGUUCAUCUAGUCAUGCCCCACUUUAUCCAGCUGUAGCUGAAACAAACACUAGGAGAUCCCGUCCAUCUUUCCUUGAUUCUAUGAGUGUUCCAAGAGUUCCACUUACUGAUUUAGGGAGAGUUGAAUCAUCUGCUUCUGAGACGUCAUUUACUAAUCCUGAAACAUCUCAACCUUUUUCCAAGUUGAUGGCUCUGAAGGAAGCUAAUGCUUUUGAACCUUCUGUGACCUCAUCAGUAUUUGCUGGAAACGGGAAUGAUGCAUAUAGGCAUACAUUCAGGGAGAACAGUGUGGAGAGGAAGCACGACUAUUAUUCUCAAAAACAGGAUGAAGACUUUGCUGCUUUGGAACAGCAUAUUGAAGAUUUGACACAAGAAAAGUUCUCCUUGCAACGAGCUCUUGAGGCAUCACGAACUUUAGCAGAGUCUUUAGCUGUCGAAAAUUCCUCAUUGACUGACAGUUACAAUCAACAGGGAAGUGUUGUGAACCAACUAAAAUCUGACAUGGAGAAGUUACGGGAGGAAAUCAAGUCCCAACUAGCAGAACUUGAGUCAGUAAAAGUUGAAUGUGCAAAUGCUCAACUAGAAUGUAAUGCAGCUGAUGAGCGUGCCAAGUUGUUGGCUUCUGAAGUUAUUGGCUUAGAAGAGAAGGCGCUCAGACUGAGGUCUAGUGAGCUAAAACUGGAGAGGCAAUUGGAGAACUCACAAGCAGAAGUUUCUUCCUUAAAAAAGAAGUCGUCAAGCCUUGAGAAAGAGCGGCAAGAUUUGCAAUCAACUAUUAGUGCUCUCCAGGAAGAAAAAAAGCUUUUGCAAGCUAAGAUACGUAAAGCUUCUGGAAAUGGAAAGGUACUUGAUGUUAGCAAGAGCCUCACUAAUAAAAAGGAUGUGUCGACUUCUACACAGGAUUUAGUCAAUGAGGGCAAUGCAGAUUCUACAGAUGAUGUUCCAAACCUGGAAAUGCACAGUGAUGCGCCUCUUCUUCAUAGUGAUGUUUCCAUUUCCUCCAUGCUUACUGAUAAUAGAGAGUUCAAUCUUCAAGUUUCAUCUUCAGAUAUUCCACCUGAUCAGAUGAGGAUGAUUCAAAAUAUUAACACCUUAAUUUCCGAGCUAGCAUUGGAGAAAGAAGAAUUGAUGCAAGCAUUAUUGGAUGUAUCAUCUGAAAGUUCCAAGCUUAAGGAAUGGAACAAUGAAUUAUCCCGAAAGUUGGAAGCUCAGACACAAAGAUUAGAACUUUUGACUGCUCAAAGUAUGGCAACUGGAAAUGUUCCAACUAGGCCACCUGAUUCUCGCAGCAUUCAUGACAACACUCCGUAUGCAGAUGAAGGCGAUGAGGUGGUGGAGAGGGUACUGGGUUGGAUAAUGAAGCUCUUUCCAGGAGGACCCGCAAGGAGGAGGACGAGCAAGCUUCUUUGAUUUAUAUAUAUAACCCAUGCCAGCUCGAGUGAAAUCUUAUUGCAGAUUCCUCCCCACCCCUAUUUUUGGUAGUACAAGGAGGUUGCAGUCUGUAUAUUGUGAGUCAGUGUUAUUCAGUCCAUUCUUUUUGAUAGUAGAGAGUUUGUUAUGAGAGCCUUUCCAAUUAAUUGGCGGAUGCAAAUGUCAUUUCUCUUAACAGAUCUUGAAAUAAACAUGGCCCCUUUUGUUGCAUACCUAAGUCUGCUUUUGUAACUUGGGUCUAAAUUCUGAGUGAAGAAGAGCAAAGUUACCACAUUAUAUAGAAAGAGAGGGAGGGAGAAUGUUUGGUUAAAGAGUCAAAAUAUGGGAGAGACUGUAAAAUGCAAUUUUCUUGAUUCAUAAUAGCUUUGAUUUUUGUUGUGGCA